AUGGAAGACGACAAAAAAUCUGGUACACGGUAAGGGUUUGGUACUGGAUUGUUUGGAUUUUAGGCUUUGAAGUAGUAAUUGAGGUUAGCGAUGUAGUUUAAAAUGAAAAUAAAAAGCUUUCUUUGCUAAACAAGAAAAUGCAAGCCUUUAUUUUGUGGUAACUCUUAGGCAUGGAUAAGAUAAAAGCCAUUGAAAAGGAGUGGAUUUAUUUUCUGUAAGCAAUAGUUUAUACUUAUUAGCUAGCUCGCUUUCUUGUUCUACUUUUAAGUGUAAAUUUAACCAUUUACUAAUGCACAUAGCAACUAGAAGGUUUCGAUGCAAGUAUCUAAUAUCCAGUAUAAUAUCUAAAAAGAAGUUUGUGUAAGUUCAUAGCAUUUUAGAUCGUAUUCUAUACAUAUCUUAGUUUAUUCUGAGAGGUUAGAAGUAGUUUUUGUAAGAAAAUGGUAUAAUAUAAACGCUAAAUUUGCUAUAUUAUUUUAGGGUAUUCAAGAAGACGAGUCCAAAUGGCAAAAUCACGACGUAUCUGGGUAAACGGGACUUUUUGGACAGAGGAACGUCAGUCGAUCUUAUUGGUAGGUGUUUUCUUCACAUUUGUUCUUGUUUUAGGGUAAUACAAGGCUGUUAUAUAAUCCUUCUUCUUUCAGACGGAAUGGUCUUAAUUGAUGAAGAAUAUCUGAAACAGAACAAAAAGAUCACAGUGCAACUAUUGGCAGCUUUCCGUUAUGGUCGUGAAGAUCUCGAUGUGUUAGGAUUAACGUUUAGAAAGGAUUUAAUUAGUCAGUUCUUCCAAGUUUAUCCACCAACAGAGCUACCCAAACCUUGUACUAGGCUACAGGAACGUUUGCAGAAGAAGUUGGGACCAAAUGCGUUUCCAUUUUGGUUUGAAAUUCCACCGAAUUCAGCUUCGUCAGUCACUUUACAGGUAAGGAUGUUGAUUAGUUAAUUUUUGGUGGUUUAUAUUGUUAUAAUAACCCUCGAGUUCUGUCUGCUUCAAUUAUGUCAUUUUAAAUGGUUUUACCUGAUUAUUAUUGAAUUGUUUGGUUUUGUUGAAUUGUGUUUUGUUAUUUGUUGUUGAUAUUAUAAUUUUGAACUGUACUUUAAAGUUGUGAUGUUGAAAAACAGAAGUUUUUUAAAAAUGUAUAUCAUUUUUUGAUAUGAAAUCAUAGUGAUAAUAUAAAAAGUAUUGAUUCAAAUGGAAAAACAAGGGUAUAAGUAUUUUCAAAGCCGUUUUUUUGUAGUUAUGAUUCAAAUUGGCACAAUGGGUCUUGUUUUUGUUUAUGAUAACAAUUUAUUGUAGUUCUUGCAUGAAUACGAUGUUUUCCUAAUGAAAAUAAUAUGAAUUUUCAUUAUUUUUAAAAUUAAGUGGCUUGGGUAAGGGUUUUAGUCAAUUUUUUGAAGAAUUUUUGGUGUAAUACUUUACCUUGUUUUCGAAUUUUUUUAUCCUUAAAUUGUAGUAUAUUGUGUUUUUGAAAUUUUUGGAUAUUUUAGUAGUUUUAUUUCUUUAUAACAGUUUGUAAUAGUUUAAAAUAAAGUAAAAAUUUACUUCUCUGUUUUCAGCCAGCUCCUGGGGACACAGGAAAGCCAUGUGGGGUGGAUUAUGAGCUGAAGACCAUCGUAGGCAGUGAUUCUAUGGAAAAACCUAAGAAACAGUAAGUUUUUGUUUGAGGUUAUGUUAAUCUUUAACUUUUUGCCAUUUUUAUCUGCCUCUACUUCUCAUUAUGCCUUUAUGAUAUUAUUUGAUCAAGUUCAAUAUAAUUUUAUUUACGUUUUAGCAACUCGGUACGAUUGGCGAUACGAAAGCUAACAUACGCACCGAUGAUCAAACGACCACAGCCGAUGAUCGAUGUGAACAAGGAGUUCAUCAUAUCACCCGGGGUUCUGCAUCUGGAAGCGUCGCUAGACAGAGAGGUAAGAAAGUUCUUGCCGUUCUAGUUAUAUCUUAUAAUUCUCCUUUAAUAAUAUCUUAUCAUUGGUCCAGUUUUGACCGUUUUAUCAUAGGUUGACUAAAAACAGUACUAAAAUCUAUUUUUGAGUUUCAUAUUGUACCAAAUUUCGAAAUGGGACUAAAAUCCGUUUUUAAAUUCAAUUUCUUACCAAUCUUUAAAAUUUGUACCAUUAUACCAGGUAUCAGUAUAUACCCAAUGAUUUCAGAUGUACUACCACGGCGAAUCCAUCUCAGUCAACGUUCACGUCCAGAACAACAGCAGCAGAACCGUGAAGAAGAUCAAAGUUUCCGUAGUCCAGGUAGCUGACAUUUGCAUCUUCACCACAGCUUCAUACACCUGUGAUGUAGACAAAAUCGAAUCCACGGAAGGCUUCCCCAUAGGUCCCGGCUCCACUCUCUCCAAAGUCUACACUCUAUGCCCAUUACUAUCCAAGAACAAAGACAAACGUGGCCUCGCACUAGAUGGACAACUAAAACAUGAGGAUACGAAUCUAGCUUCAAGCACAAUGAACCCAUCCCUGUCACAGCCGGGCCGAGAAAACCUCGGCAUCGUGGUCAUGUACAAGGUGAAGAUCAGGUUGAUGAUUGCUGGUGCUUUGGGAGGGGAAUUAAGUGCUGAACUACCCUUUACUUUGAGCCAUGCCAAGCCAGCAGACGAAGUUUCCGAGCCAAAAACUCCGAAACCAAUGAGUGAACGACCGAUCAAUGCCAACGAUCAGAUCAUCGACGUCGAUUUGAUACAAUUCGGCCCGUAAGUUCAGGUUUUUUGGAAGAUUUUGAUCAAAAAAGGUAGAAGACAACUUUCUAUUAUAAUUUAAGAUCAAAAAGUAAAUAAAAUAGUAUACAGUUCACAUAGAAUUUCCAAAAUAGGGAUUUUUCUAUGUAAAAAUGGCUAAAAUUGAUAUUCAAUUAGCCUUUUGAGGUCAAAAAGUAGAUCGAAUAGCUGGUUUUGCAGUAAAAAAUUCCAAUAUACCUAUCUACCUUAUGAACAAAUUAUUAAAUAUAGAAAAUACAACUUAUUUGAUUUCAGAACCGACGACGAAGCCGACGAUGAUGAUAUUGUCUUUGAAGACUUUGCCCGACUUCGAGUACGUGGUGCGGAUUCAGAAACUCGUAAGUUGAAAAAUUACUUAUAUUGUAAUUGGAGCCUACUGUAACAUGUCAUUUUAUGCAUAAAUCUAGCCUACUGUACCAUGUUAUACCCAAAAGUAUGUAUAUUUAUACCUCACUACUUCAGGAAACGAGCUCGCCCCCGCCCUAUAA